AUGAUCACUUGCAGCUGCUCCUUUGAGAACCCCUCUGGUUCGUACAAAUACCCGCUGGAGUCGCUGAGGUUUCUCGGCGGUAUACUGCGCAACGUUGCCGCUGCCGCUAACGAUGCAUCGCUUGCCGGCGAUGCUCAUUCCGAAUCUGUCCUCCAACACGGCGGUGGCAAAGUACACAGCUCCAUAUCCUGUUGCUUCAGGCCUGAUGUUGGAGCCUCCCCAUUCGUACCCCUUCCCAGUCAGCGCGCCAUCGAACGUAUUCCGCAACCUGCGGUAUUGUCCGAACAUGUACCCUAUCUCACGUCCUCCAACUCCAAUGUCCCCCGCCGGUUGACGGAGGGAUGGAAACGGAUUCCACCCUUGUAG